UCGAUUCUCAUCCACUUUUCCAUCUUCCCUGCCCCCCUCCCCAGAAACAACACCCUUGCAAUUCCUUGUUUCUUCUCUCCUGGACCUUCUCAUCUAUCCCAUUUCAACUAGACGACUGGGGCGCUGUGCACCCGCAAUUCAACAUGUCGUCCACCGAUGAGAUCUCCGACUAUGAGCCCAAGAAGGUCUACGUCGACUCGGGGGUCAAGCAGCACGAUCACCUGCCACAAUACGAUGGCGAUAUCGUAGCGGAGAUGAGUGAGGAGGAGCGCAUGGUCUACGAGCAUGGCGUCAAAAAGUUCAGCCGUCUCGGAUGGAAGCGACUGACCGUCAUCCUCAUUGUCGAGGCAAUCGCCCUGGGUAGUUUGUCUCUCCCCUCCACCUUUGCCACGUUGGGCAUGGUCGCUGGUGUCAUUUGCUGUGUUGGUCUGGGAUUCGUCGCUAUCUACACCAGUUAUGUCGUAGGACAGGUGAAGCUGAAGUUCCCGCUGGUUGCCCACUACCCGGACGCCGGGAGGCUCAUGUUCGGUCGCUUUGGGUACGAACUGAUCAAUUUUAUGCUGGUUCUGCAACUCCUGUUCCUCACGGGCUCCCAUUGCUUGACUGGUGCCAUUGCCUGGAUUUCGAUUACCGAAAGUGGCAUCUGCUCCGUGAUCUUUGCCGUCAUCUCGGCGAUCAUCCUGUUCCUCUUGGCGGUUCCCCCAAGUUUCACAGAAAUGGCCAUUCUCGGGUACAUUGAUUUCGGUUCCAUCAUCAUUGCCAUCGGAAUCACCAUCAUUUCCACCGGUAUCAAGAGCACCAACGCCCCGGGAGGCUUGGCUGCCGUGCCCUGGUCGGCCUGGCCCAAGGAUGACAUUUCCUUUAAGGAUGCCUUCAUCUCCGUGACCAACAUUAUCUUUGCCUACAGCUUUGCCAUGUGCCAGUUCUCCUUCAUGGACGAGAUGCACACUCCAAAGGACUACGUCAAGUCGAUCUGGGCUCUGGGCCUGACCGAGAUUUUGAUUUACACCCUCACGGGUGCUCUCGUCUACGCCUUUGUUGGCCAGGAUGUUCAGAGUCCCGCUCUGUUGUCCGCGGGCACCCUGAUGAGCCGCAUUGCGUUUGGCGUGGCUCUGCCCGUCAUCUUUAUCAGUGGAUCGAUCAACACCGUCGUCGCUGCCCGGAUUGUCCACGGCCGGAUCUUCAAGAAAUCCAACAUUCGAUUUAUCAACACUAAGAUGGGCUGGAUCACCUGGCUCAUCACGAUUGCCGCCGGCACCGUCAUUGCCUUCGUCAUUGCCGAGGUCAUUCCCUUUUUCAACGACCUUCUGUCCAUCUCCUCGUCUCUCUUCAUUUCUGGCUUCACCUUCUACUUCCCCGCGCUGAUGUGGUUCAUGCUCAUCCGCGAGGGCGACUGGGACCGCAAGAAUAUUGCUCUGGGAGCCUUGAACGUGUUUGUCUUUUUGAUUGGCAUUCUGACACUGGGAGCGGGCACUUAUGCUAGUGUGCAAGAUAUUAUCGAUAAAUAUACCGCCGGCAGUGUCCGAGGUGUUUUCAGCUGCUCCAAACCCUCCUAAGCCGCCUUCUUUCACGAAUUACGCCAAAUAACGGCAGCCAGUAACUUGUACAUGUUUGUCACAUAGAGUCUUAGACCACACCAUCAUUUUCUGCGAGCGAUGAAGCGGGUGCAUAUGCAGACGGGAUCUGCGGGAUGUAUUUUACAUGAACUUUUCUUCGAACCCUUUACCAUG